AUGGAGGGUGUUCCACCUGAUUUGGAACCCGAUGUAAUAAUGCGAAAAAAAGGAAAAAAUGCGAAGUUGAAAAAUAAGCUCAAAUCUGUUCUGGAUAAUGAAUCCAAUCAAUUGAAUGUUCCAUUGAAAGCUAAAUCGGUCACAACACUUGUUAACAAAUUCGAAUCUGAAGCUAAUUUGAUUGAUCGUAAAAAUUCAUUGGAGCUUAAAGUCGAUACUUCAACUGAUAAAAUUGAUAAUAGCGGGAAUGAGAUUGCGAAGCCUUCAAUAGGUUCUGAAGUUGAUGCUAUGGCUCCAUUAAUGGCUCCGUUGGUAAAUUACAUUACGAUCAAGAAGGAAGAAGUUUCAAUUGAAGAUUCGAGCUCCCCUGUUUUCGAAUUUGAAAAGGACAUCACGCAAUUUUGUAUCCCAGGAGAAAAGGAAGCAAUGAUGGUGUUUUGGAACGGGCUUACUUUGAGCGAGAAGGAAGGAUUCGUGCAUGGCUUAAGGUUUAUCAAGAAAAAAUAUAACAAGGAAGGUGAGUUUGAUUCUUCUUUUGAUGAUUCUAUUGAUAAUGUUAAGAAGCUAUCAUCUGUUAGCCAAAGAAAUGAUAUUCUGAUGAAUUGGAAAGAACUCAAUCAAAAAAAGAAGGAGAAGGUGAUUCAUAAGUUGUGCACGAGUAAAAUCAAAAAACAGAAGACAUCGGAUUUAGAAGCUUCAGAUGGAUUGCAAAAAGUGGGUGAAACUGUGUUAAAUCUCAUUUCUGAAGGAGUUCCAAUCUCGAAUAAUAAUAGGCCUGUGAUUGUCGAUAUUCAAGACAUUUGUUCUAUGCGCUCUCAGGUUAAGGAGAAGAGGGUAAAGAAGAAGUUUGAAAUUGAUGAAAUUGUCAGUCAACAGCUUGAACAAGUCUGUAAUGAAAUUAUAUUUCACUUUCCUAGUAAGUUUAAUCAUUUUGAGCUUGCUAGUGAGGGUGAAUUCAAAUACAAGUAUGUUGAUACUGAGGAGGAGGAAAGUGAAGGCCAAAUGAACAUAGAUGAUAAGGAAGAUAUUAGAACAACAGGUUAUAAUACAAAUGGCGGGCUUCUUAUAACUGAAGAUAUGCUGGAAGAAGUGAAGGCUAGUAAUGUAAAGGGUAAAGAGGAGAAGAUUAUUCCUGUGCAAAAUUUGGUGGAAGAAAAAAUUGAAGGAAAAGUCUCAUAUGCUGAAAAAGUGAGUGGAAAGAAAAUGAAUGCAGCAAAUCUUAUUUCAAAAUUUAAAAAGAAUGAUGAACUUCCUAAAGGUGUUGUGGAAAUGCCUAUAAGUGACAUUCUUAAAGGUUGCAGCCCAUUUAAAACAACAUUGUAUGGGUAUUUUAUUGAUAAACACAUUAACUUUUUCAAUGUUAAUAAGUUUGCCCAUAACAUGUGGAAGAAAUAUGGCUUGGAAGAGGUAAUGGUAAAUGAUGAAGGGAUUUACUUUUUUAGAUUCAGCUCAGAGCAAGGUCUUCUUUCGGUGCUGGAAGGGGGAGUUUGGAUGAUAUUUGAUAGUGCUCUCAUUAUCCGAAGAUGGACGACAUGUGUUAGUUCAGUUAAAGACCAGCAUGAUAAAAUUCCUGUUUGGGUAAAGAUAUAUUAUGUGCCCUUGGAGUAUUGGAAUGGGACAGGAUUGAGCCAUAUAGCUUGGGAAAUUGGAAAGCCUUUAGAUGUUGAUGCUCACACGGCUAAAAUGUGCCAAGAACAUUGGGGAAGGCCGGCUUUUAUGAGAAUCUUAAUUGAAAUGUCAGCAGCUAAGGAGUGGCUUAAAGAAGUGCUCAUCUAUUCUUCGGACUUAACAAUAGGAGAAAGAAUUCCCUCUAAAUGCAAGAUUGAAUAUGCAUGGAAUCCUUCAAAAUGCUCUCAUUGUAAAGUUUAUGGACAUUCGGAUUCUAAAUGUGGGAUAUUAUUAGCUAAGCAAGCAAAGGAAAGCAACAAUGUGACUGGGAAUGAGGAAAAUAAGGAAGGGAAAAAGAUUGAUUUAAUGGAGGUUCUCAUUGCUAGUACGAAAAAAGUGGAAGAAGAUAAUGAAGUAUUUCAACUUGUAAGUAAAAGGAAUAAGGGGAACAAUAUGGGAGGUCUCGGCAAGGAAGAAAUGGGAAAGAAAAACUUUUCUUCGGUUCAGGGGCAAAAUGGGAAUUAUCAAGGAAAUGGGAAAGAAGGGGCUGGAACUAAUGCUGGAAGUCAGGGGCAGAAAGGGAAUAGCGGAUUGAAAAUGGGGAAUAAUAAUGGGGGUAAUCAAUGGAAUAAAGGAAAAGCAAUUCAGGGGCAUAAUGGGAAAAAUUAUAGCAAGAAUGGGAAUUUUUUUGGAGGAAAACUUGAGCAGAGGCAAAGUAGCAAAAACAAUCAGUUUGUGAAAAAAGAAAAUGUUGAAGGUUUUGCUUCAGAGGGGAAAAGUCAACAAAAGCUUAAUCAUAUUGUGGAGCUGGGGUAA